GAAGCCUUGGACCAGAGAGUUCCAAGAAGAAGCUGUAGCGCAGCGGAGGGAAGGAGGGGAGGACAGAGACCGCCAUGCUUCGGCUGGUGGUGGAGUCGGCCAGGAUUGAGCCGCCCCUGAGCCCCCCACCCAGACCCUGCCUAACUGUCUACUUCAGAGAUAUCAAGAAGAGAACUCGUGUAGUGGAAGGGAAUGACCCCACGUGGAACGAGACCCUCAUCUGGCACCUGUGGAGCCGCCCCCUGGAAAAUGAUUCCUUCCUGCAAGUCAUCCUUCGGGACAUGGGCUCAAAAAAGAAAGAAAGGUUCAUUGGGUUGGCCACAGUCCUGCUCAAGCCAUUGGUGAAAAAGCCCAGGGAGGUCCUUUUCGUGAAGGACCUGAUUCUGCUCAACCAUUCCAUGAUGCCCACAGAUUGCACUGUCAGCCUCCAGGUGGCCCAUGUGAUGCCCCGGGACACUGAGAAGGAAGGCGGUGGAGAUCCCCUUGGCAUGACCACCAGGGAGCUGGCCCAGGGGAAGCUCAUGGUCCCUGGCUCUGCAGGGUUGCACAGGGCUCUGUCCUCCAAGCCUCAGCACUUUCAGGUUCGGGUGAAGGUGUUUGAAGCACGGCAACUCAUGGGCAACAACAUCCGUCCGGUGGUGAAGGUGACCAUUGCAGGCCAGCAAUACCACACACGGAUCAAGAUGGGAAACAGCCCUUUCUUCAAUGAGAUCUUCUUCCAGAAUUUCUAUGAGGUUCCUGCAAAGUUCUUUGAUGAGAUCAUCUUAGUCCAGGUGCUGAACUCCUCUGUCAUGAGAUCCAAAGCAGAGAUCGGGAGAUUCCAGACAGACAUCGGGUUUGUCUACCAUUCUCCAGGCCACACCCUUCUGAGGAAAUGGCUGGGCCUUUGCCAGCCAAAUGCACCCAGCAGUGGGGUGAGAGGCUACCUGAAAGUCACCAUCUGUGCCCUUGGUGUGGGAGACCAGGCCCUGGUGGAUCAAAAGCUGCCCUAUAGGGCCGACAUGGACAUCGAGGUCUUCAAGUCCACGGCUGUCCCGACGACCAUGGCUUACCUGCAGCUCUUCAUCUACUGUGCAGAGGACCUGCUCCUCGGGAGGAACCAGUCAGUGAGUCUGGUGUUGGAAGUGGAACUAAUCGGGGAAAAGCUCAGGACAAAUGUGCGACCCCAAACUGACAACCCGAUAUGGAACCAGAUCCUGACCUUCCAGAUCCAGCUGCCCUGCCUCUCCAGCUACAUCAAGUUCCGAGCCCUGGACUGUUCCAGGAGUGACUGCUGGGCUGAGAUCGGCACUGCCAGCCUGUCGCUGGGCCACAUCUCCUCCUCCGGGGAGGAGAUCGGAGGCCACUUCUUGGGCUUCCUGCCCUGCUUUGGUCCCAGUUUCCUGCCCCUCUAUGGGGGUCCCAAGGCCCCGCUCAGGAUCCAGGAAGAAGGCACUAGUGUUCCUGAUGCUAUUAGGGAUGGUUUAUCUUACCGAGGCCGAGUCCUCCUGGAGUUAAUCACCCAAAUCAAGUCCCAUCAACACACUAUGAUAAAGGAUCUCUCCCAGGAAGUGGCCAGAAUUGAGAAACACCAGAACCGCCAAAAGUAUGGGCUAUGUGUCAUCUUCCUCUCCUGUACCAUGAUGCCCAACUUUAAAGACCUGAUCCAGUUUGAGGUCAGCAUCGGCCACUAUGGAAACAAGAUGGACCUGAAUUACAAGCCUCUGGUGUCCACCACUCAGUACAGCCCGGUGAUAUAUGAUGGGAACAUCUACCACUAUGUCCCCUGGUACAACACCAAGCCGGUAGUGGCUGUGACAUCCAGCUGGGAGGACGUCAGCUUCCGCAUGCACUGCCUCAACCUGCUCCAGUUUGCCAGGGACCGCCUGAAAGCCAACUUGGAUGUCCUGAAGUCCAUGCGGAACCUGAGGGACCCUGCCCUGCUCCCCCAGUGGGAAAAGCUGCGGCGGGAGCUGGUGGAGGACUGCAGGCGCCCUCUGCCCUGCAUGGCGGAUCAGCCCAAAGCCACCAACCUGGACAGGAAGAGGUGGCAGCUCCGCAGCCUCCUCCUGCAGGAUCUAGCACGGAAGGCCAAGGAAGCCAAGACCAGGGACAUGGUGGCCACAGUGGAGGGUUGGCUGCACUGCCUCAAUAGUGUGCUCCCUGAGCCCCAGAUGAGCCUCCCGGAUGUGAUGAUCUGGCUGAUGGCCAAGGAGCAGCGUGUGGCCUUUGCCCAGGUGCCCGCCCACACCAUCCUCUUCUCCCGGGCGGGGCCCCUGCACUGUGGCCGGUUCUGUGGGAAGAUCCAGACCCUUCUGCUGCAGUACCCAGAAGGUGAAGGACAGCAGGACAUGCUCCCCGCCCACCUCCGGGUCUGCAUGUGGUUUGGCAAUGUCACUGACAGCAAGGACCUGCAGCUGCUCCGCCAGGGCAACAUGGUGGUGUACUUGGAGACGUAUGAGAAUCAGGCCAAGUUCAAAGACCAGUGGGGACAGCAGGGGCUCUAUCACUGCCCCAACUUCUCAGAUGUUACAGGGCACAAGGCCCUCCCCAAGUCGAAGUUCAAGGUGCCCUCAGGAUGGCACUGGCAAGACAGCUGGAAAGUGGAGCCCCAGAGGAGACUCCUCUUGGACAUAGAUAUCAACAAGAGCCAGGUGCUGGAGGAGGUGUAUGAGAACCAGGAACGCAACUUCUCAGGCUCCUGGGUGUCCUCAGCCAUCCCGAACACAGAUGUGAAUGGACAGCCCAUGGAGGCCCGGGACACUGUGAGGUGUCCCCAAGGCUGGCACUUUAAGAAGAACUGGGCUGUGGAGCUCAACCAUUCAGUGGACAGUGAGGGCUGGGAGUACGGUGUGGGGAUCCCACCGUCGGGACUGCCCCGGCUGUGGACCUCGGUGGAGAAGAACUACCACUCGUGCCGCAGGCGCCGCUGGGUGCGCAUGCGCUUCCGGGACCACGGGGAGCUGGGCGGCGAGGAGCAGACCGUAUCCUUCUUGCAGAUGCAGGGCCUGGUCAGUGAGGGAGAGGAGGGCUGGGAGUAUGGCAGCUUCGGCUCCAAGUUUCACCUGGACCCACAGCCCCAGAGCCGCUUCCGCCGCCGCUGCUGGCACCGCAGGCUGGCUCCCAACAAGAACACAAGCGUGGCGCCCAUAUUCCUCCUCGAGGGCUCCUUGGCCACGGAUCUGAAACAAAACCCUAAGAAGGAAGAGAACAGGGCCUUGCCCUGGGCUCAGUUCAGGGACGCCUGGAAGCCUGCCCAGGAGGAUCCACGGCUCCCCAGCAUGCCCUUCAUCUACUGCACCCUCGACAAGCCCCACUACUACCAGCUCUUCUGUUACAUCUACCAGGCCCGGAAUCUGAUGUCCAACCAGGUCCUGGCGUUCCAGGGGCCCUUCGUGCGCGCAGUCUUCCUCAACUACAGCCAGUGCACCCAGCGCCUGCCCAGCUCUGUGGCGCCCAUUUGGGCGCAGACACUCAUCUUCCAGCACCUCCUGCUGCACGAAAGCCCCCAGGACACCCGGGAGAGCCCCCCACUUGUGGUGCUGGAGCUGUGGCAGUGCGAUGCCCUGGGAAAGGAGAGCUUGUGGGGACGGAGCAUGUGGCCUCCAGUGGUCUGGCUGGACCCUCAGGAUUGGAUGCUGCCGCCCCUAAGGUGGCACCCACUUGUGAAAGAGCGAGGGGAGGAAGAGGGCGAGAUCUUGGCAUCCUGUGAGCUGAUCCUUGAGACAGAGAAGCUGAGAGAGAAGCACCUGCCCCUCUUAAGCAUUCCCUGGAAAGACGGGGUCUACACGCUGCCCAAGAGCAUCCAGCCCACCGUGAGGAAGACAGCCAUUGAGAUCUUGGCCUGGGGCCUCCGCAACAUGAAGCAGGCGCGCCACCCCCAGCUGCUGGUGGAGUUCGGGGGCGAGUCCCUGAGAACAGAGCCCAUCAAGGACUUCCCCACCAACCCCAAUUUCCCUGAGUCUGUGCUGCUGCUCAUGGUGUUCAUGCCCAAAGAGGAGGUCUAUUCGGAGCCCCUGGUGCUGAAGGUGCUGGACAACCAGGACUUCGGGCGGCAGAUUGUGUUGGGCCAGGCCAGUGUCGACUUCCUGCAGCCCUACUUCUGUGACCCCUGGGCACGAGACUACCUGCCCCCACAGCUUCCAACGCUGUCUAUGAAGAAACAUCAGAAGGUCCUAGGGUUUCUCUAUGAAAAGUUCUGGUUCAAGUCCAGCAGACCUGAGGAUGAGUAUGAGCAUGAGGUAGACUGGUGGAGCAAGCUGUUCUGGGCCACGGGAGAUGACAAGUCCCUGCAGGACAAGUACCAAGACUACCAUACUCUAAAGGUGUACGACUGUGAGCUGGAGGCGGUGCCAGACUUCCAGGGCCUGGAGGACUUCUGCCAGACCUUUAAGCUCUACCAGGAGCAGCCCAAGGUGGACAGCCCUGUGGUAGGGGAGUUCAAGGGUCUCUUCCGAAUCUACCCCUUUCCCGAGAAUCCGGAAGCCCCCAAGCCCCCGCGCCAGUUCUUGACUUGGCCAGAGAGAGAAGACUUCCCCCAGCAAUGCCUGGUGCGGGUGUACGUGGUACGAGCCAUCAACCUGCAGCCCCAGGACUACAACGGCCUGUGUGACCCUUAUGUGGUCCUGAAGCUGGGGUCCAUGAAGCUUGGCAGCCGGGAUGCCUACAAGCCCAACACUGUGGAUCCCAUCUUUGGCAUGAUGUUCCAACUCACCUGCACCAUCCCCCUGGAGAAGGACCUGCAGAUCCAGCUAUACGACUUUGACCUGUUUUCAUUUGAUGAUGAGAUUGGAAGCACCUUCAUUGACCUUGAGAACCGACUGCUAUCUGGUUUUGGAGCUCGUUGUGGGCUCUCCAAGUCCUACUGCCAGUCAGGGCCCUUUAGGUGGCGGGAUCAGAUGCCCCCGAGCUACCUCCUAGAGCGCUAUGCCAAGCGGAAAGGGCUGCCUCCUCCGGUGUUUGACCCAGACGGAGACUCAGUUUUUUAUAGGGGGAAAAAAUUCAAGCUGCAAAGCUUUGAGUCCAAAGCCCCGACUAUGCCGGGCCUGGGCCCCAAGAAGGAACGUCUGGCACUGCACAUCCUACACACCCAGGGCCUGGUGCCCGAACAUGUGGAGACACGCACGCUGUACAGUGAGAGCCAGCCAGGCAUUGACCAGGGAAAGGUGCAAAUGUGGGUGGACAUCUUCCCCCAGAAGCUGGGGCCACCCGGUCCCCCAGUCAAAAUCAGCACCAGAAAGCCUAAGAGGUAUGAGCUGCGCUGCAUUGUCUGGAAAACCACUCAAGUGGACCUGGUGGACGAGGCGCUCAGCAGAGAGAAGAUGAGCGACAUCUACAUCAAAGGGUGGCUGUUUGGGCUGGAAAAGAACAUGCAGAAGACGGACAUCCACUACCACUCCCUGAGUGGGGAAGCCACCUUCAACUGGCGGUUCAUCUUCACCAUGGACUACCUGGCGGCAGAGCACAUGUGUGUCGAGAGCCAGAAGGAUUACAUAUGGAGCCUGGACCCCACGUCCACUAAGUUCCCAGCCCGGCUCAUCAUCCAGAUCUGGGACAAUGACAUCUUCUCCAGCGAUGACUUCCUGGGGGUCCUUGAGCUUGACCUGUCAGACAUGCCCCGCCCGGCCCGGCAUGCCAAGCAGUGUUCCCUCCGGAUGCUGGAUGCCAAACCCAAGUGGCCCUUCCUCCCACAUGAGCACUUCUCCCUCUUUAAAAAGAAAACUGUAACUGGCUGGUGGCCCUGCCAGGUUCAGGAUGGUGACAAGUGGCGCUUAUCGGGGAAGGUGAAGAUGACGUUGGAGGUCUUGUCUGAGAAGGAAGCCUCAGCCAGGCCAGCAGGGCAAGGCCAGUCGGAGCCCAACCAGUACCCCACGCUGCACCCUCCCCUACGAGCGGGCAGCUCGUUCAUGUGGCUGCGGUCUCCUGUUCGACACCUGUGCCUCAGUCUCUGCAGGCGCUACCGCUGCAAAAUCCUAAGCUUCUCAGUCUUGCUGGUCAUAGCAUUUAUGCUGUUCAAAUUUAUCUACUCAGCUCCGAACUACUUGGCCAUGAGCUGGAUCCAUCCCGCAAUCCGCAUGGAGCCGCCCAUUAAAAUAUACAACCUCAUCACUUCGGCCACUGCUAGUACUGCCAGCCCUGCCCCCCUCGCCACCCAGGCACCAAGCCUAGAGCCUGUGACAGACCACCAGCUGCCGAUCCUCCAGGCACCCAAGCAGCACCUGGGUGACAUAGUCCCAGAACUUCUGGCUCCCCAGGACUGAUCUGCAAGUGUCUGCCUGGCUCCUUCCCUGCCCGCUGUUAGCUGUCCCCUGGGCUUCCUGUAGUUCUGAUUCUGUCUUAAAGGACAUACAGAAGAGGCGAGGUGUAUUCUUCCUAUUGUGUCCAAGACAAGCAGAGCUGAAAUUUCCCACUGAAAUAAACACAUUUUAUAGCACUGA